AUGGAGGGCGGCCCAGAGCAGCUGCAUCUACCCAAGGCACUAGGGGAGGAAGGGGAUGGGCAGGCCUUGGCUGAAAUCCAGGAGUUGGCUCUGAAGUGGUUCAUGGAGACUCAGGCCCCCUCUAUCCUGCAGAACGGAGCUCUGCCCACCUGGUUUCAUGGAUUCAUCACCCGCAAGCAGACAGAGCAGCUACUCAGGGACAAAGCUCUCGGUUCCUUCCUCGUCCGCCUCAGUGACCGGGCCGUUGGCUACAUCUUGUCUUACAGGGGCAGUGAUCGCUGCCGCCACUUCGUCAUCAACCAGCUCCAAAAUCGACGUUAUCUUGUCUCCGGAGACACCCUCAGCCACAGAACCCUGGAAGAACUCCUCCGUCAUUACCAGGAGGUGCAGCUUGAGCCCUUUGGAGAGACCCUUGCUACUGCUUGUCCACGGUUAGAGGAAAAUGACCUCUAUGAUGCUGUCAACACGGGCCUCCAGCAGACUAGUCUAGGCCUGGAAAACCCAGCUGCCAUGGGAUUUCCCAUCGUGGUUCCUGAGAAGGCCACCAGCCCCCGCCUUCCUGCAAAGCCUCAGGUCUCCUUCCUGCACACCAAGAAAGGCCUGGAUGUGAAUCCCUGGACAGUCUCCAAAGAGGAAAGUGCAGAGGCACCCACUAGAGGGCCACCUAUUCCCCAAAGGAGUCCCUCUCUUCUGGAUGAGCCUUCUGCAGGCCCCAGCGACAUCAUAUAUGCGGACCUGAAGAAGACAAACCGGGCACAGCAAGGCUUGGGCAUAGAGGUAUCUAGCAGGCACAGGCUAGCUCCAGCUGGCAGCCUGGCUUGUUCCCCAGGCAGGAAGCCCUCAAGGAAACUCUCAGAUGAAGACCAGAACAAUCCCAAUAACCCAGAGCCUGCCCCACGUGGGGUGAAGACAGACCAGAGUGCUACCAUGUCUUAUGCUUCCUUAGGAUUUUCCCUGCGCCCCAAUUCUGAGGUCCCAGGAUCACGGGCUGCUACUUGGAGACAGGGGUUUCUAAAGCUGAGCCACGAGGCUCAAUCCUCCUCUGAGGCCAGUUCUACAGAUACCUACCAGCUUGUUGGGACUACAGGCCUACGACAGGAGGGUAAGGACAGACCAGGCCAAGGAAACACUACUUAUGAGCAGAUUCCAACCUUCUGGCAUGGCACUGCCAAGCUCCCAUACCCUGAAUUCAGCUCCACAUACAGCCAGCUACUAGGGCCCAUGGACUGUGGCUUUGAGAUCUCAGGGACUUCUCGGGUCCCAGAGCCAGGGAACAACUAUGAGCAAAUCCCAGCCUCCAAGAACAAGGACACUGGACGGGUGACCAAGCCUGACAAGUUCCGGAGACUCUUCUUCACGGACAAGAAGCACAAAUUCUGAGAGAGGCCUGGCAUCCAGGGGGUUUCCUGGCUACACCUGGAUACCCUCAGCUCACCUGAAGAUGUGCCACAACUAGCCACUGUGGAAGCAGGCUCUGGGAUGCAGCCUAGGUACCUACCUGGGAAGGCAUGGGCGAGACCUUGCCAGAGCCUGUAACUCCUGGAUAUGUCCUCAACGCUGUCCAUCCACACAACGAAGGACACAAGAGUGGGGACUUACUAAAGGAAGGACUGGGUGAAUAUGCAGAGGCCUGGGCUGAUGAAUGGCAGAGUCGGCCUCAUACCUCAGAUACUUCACAAGGAUGUGGCGGGCCCCUUAUCGACAGACAUUCUCCCACCUCGCUAAAUGACAUCAUGCUAUUACUUCUGAGGACAAAACCAGUUCCCUUCCUCGUGGUCUUGCCAGGUGUUGGGAGAAGGCCAGGAGCCACAUUCUCUGCACCCGUCCCAGGAGGAUUAGAGCAAGAAGCUGGGUCCAGCCUCAAAAGUCAUGAUGCUGACGUGACAGCGGGCUGGGAACUGCCCAAUUUUCCUGCCCCACUUUUCCAUCUUUAUCCCAGCUUCGCUCUGCACGCUCCUAGUUUGUGCUGCAGAUAAAGAAACCGAGACCCAGCAACUAAUCUGAAGACACGGCCAGUGAGGGCCUGGACAGAAACCCCUCAGUAAGACAGGUUUAAGCUUGGGAUGCACUGCUGGGCAACAUCUGGAGCCAGCCAGGGGACACUUGAUGCCAUGCCUAUGGGAGCAGGUCACCCCUGCCUGCCUUCUGCUGCCUCCAGCCAGGCCUGCCCUUUGGAUCAACCCAGAUUCCUCCAUGAAACCCACCAUUCGCCUGGUGGUUUUACCUCCAGAGAGCACCUGGGGCUUUGCCCAGUCCCUAGCUUGGCAUAGGCCACUCAGGCCUCUUGCUCCACUGUUCCCUCAGCCAAGCAGGUUCUUCCAGGGAUCUUUCUCUGUUUAGUUCCACUCCCCCUUGUCCACGCGUCCCCACUUCCACAGGGUGAGAAACUGGCCUGCUUUCUCUCUACCCUGCCUCCACUCGCAGGAGGCAGGAACCAAGACCACAGCCCCCUCUCCCCCUGCCUCCAUCCAGGCCCUGGGCAUGACUGGCUAGUGUACAUUUGUGAGGAAAGCCAUUUCCUGGCAGACACUUGCCUAAUACUCUUUUCUCUCUGGGCUCUAGCAGUGCCUAUCUGUUGGGGGUGGGGGAGUGAAAGGUUUAAGAGCAGUGGGCUAGCCUGGGACAGUGGUGAGCAGAUAUAACUACUACUAGGAAAAUGGAAACAGUCCUCACCCAACAUCCUGAAACGGAGGGCGAUGCUUCACCCAGGCUAACUCCAUGGACUGCCUGGAAUUGAGCGCCGAGCAUUCCUAAUGCUGACAGACGCAGAAAGUGCAGGAC